AUGGGAGAGGCUUCUCAUGAGCUGCUUUCUACUGCUGCAGCAAGACUUGAAGAGAUAUGUAUCAUUGAGGACUUCCCCAAUUCGGCCCUUACACAGGAUCCCACAACAUAUUUUCUGUCUUUUCCAGCCCCAUUCAGAUACCGUAGUCCCCGAUCCGGAAAUCGUCCGCUGCCGGAAGUGACGCGCGGCUUGGAGCUCGCGGGAAACUCGUCUGCCAUGAGCCUCUGGGUGGACAAAUACCGGCCGUGCUCCCUCGCCCGGCUGGACUAUCACAAGGAACAGGCGCCGCAGCUGCGCAACCUGAUGGUGAGUGUGCAUGUAGCUGGUGAAUGGUGUCUGCUGAUAAUUUUAAACCAAGUUCCUCAAGAAAGCAUCCAGGAGCUACAAGGCCACAUCGUUUUCCCUGAAACAGAAGAGAGGGCUGAUUCUGCAGGAAUCUUGACAUUCCAGGAUGUGGCAAUUGAUUUCUCUCCAGAUGAGUGGGACUGCCUCGACUUUGCACAGAGGAAUUUGUACAGGGAAGUCAUGUUGGAGAACUACAGUAACAUGGUUUCUGUGGGUAUUUCAGUGUCAAAACCAGAUCUGAUCAGCUCCCUUGAACAAAACAAAGAGCCCUGGAAUGUGAACACAGGAGAGAAAGAAGGCAAUGAAAAUGUUUUCUAUUUUCAUCAAGCACAAGACCUUUUUUCACAGGAGAAUAGACAAGAUCCUAUCCAGAAAUUGAUAUCAGGAAUAGCUCAUGACCAGAAGGAAGAGAAGCAUUUUAUAAGCAAUCAAAAUGAAGAAAGUCAAAACAACUAUAUGGAAUGUGGAAGGUGCUUAUACAGAUGUGUAUGCCUCACUAUGCAUAACAGAAUUAAUCCCAAAGAGAAGGCAUACAAAUGUAAAGAUUGUGGCAAGUCAUUUAACCAUUAUGCAAAUCUUCAAGCUCACCAGAGAAUCCAUACUGGUGAGAAACCUUACACAUGUCAAGCAUGUCUCAAGUCCUUUACCCAGGUGUCAGAUCUUCACAGACAUCACAGAAUUCAUACUGGUGAGAAACCUUAUACAUGUCAAGAAUGUGGCAAGUCUUUUGCCCAUGUCUCAACACUUUAUAAUCAUCACAGAAUCCAUACUGGUGAGAAACCUUUCAGAUGUCAAGAAUGUGGCAAGUCCUUUACCAGGGCAUCAACUCUUUAUACUCAUCGCAGAAUCCAUACUGGUGAGAAACCUUACAGAUGUCAAGCAUGUGGCAGGUCCUUUACCCAGAUCUCAAAUCUUCGCAGUCAUCACAGAACCCAUACUGGUGAGAAACCUUACACAUGCAAAUGUAAAGAUUGUGGCAAGUCAUUUACACAUCAUGCAAACUUUCAAUCUCACCAGAGAAUCCAUACUGGUGAGAAACCUUACAGGUGUCAAGAAUGUGGCAAGUCCUUUACCUGGGCCUCAAGUCUUCAGACUCAUCAAAGAACCCAUACUGGUGAGAAACCUUAUGGAUGUCAAGAAUGUGGAAAGUUCUUUACCCAUGUCUCAAAUCUUCAUACUCACCAUAGAAUCCAUACUGGUGAGAAACCUUACAGAUGUCAAGAAUGUGGCAAGUCAUUUAACCAUAGCACAACUCUUCACAUUCACCACAGACUCCAUACUGGUGAGAAACCUUACAAAUGUAAAGAAUGUGGCAAGUCCUUUACCUGUGCAUCAGCUCUUCACACUCAUCACAGACUCCAUACUGGUGAGAAACCUUACAGAUGUCAAGAAUGUGGCAAGUCCUUUACCUGGGCCUCAGGUCUUCAAACUCAUCACAGAACCCAUACUGUUGAGAAAUCUUAUAGAUGUCAAGAAUGUGGAAAGUCCUUUAACCAGGUCUCAAAUCUUCAUCUUCAUCACAGACUCCAUACUAGUGAUAAUCCUUACAGAUGUCAAGAAUGUGGCAAGUCCUUUACCUGUGCAUCAGCUCUUCACACUCAUCACAGAACCCAUACUGGUGAGAAACCUUAUAGAUGUCAAGAAUGUGGCAAGUCCUUUACCUGGGCCUCAGGUCUUCAAACUCAUCAGAGAACCCAUACUGGUGAGAAACCUUACAGAUGUCAAGAAUGUGGCAAGUCCUUUACCCAGGUCUCAAAUCUUCAUACUCAUCACAGAAUCCAUACUGGUGAGAAACCUUACAGAUGUCAAGAAUGUGGAAAGUCCUUUACCCAGCUCUCAAAUCUUCAUAUUCAUCACAGAAUUCAUACUGGUGAGAAACCUUACAGAUGUCAAGAAUGUGACAAGUCCUUUACCUGUGCCUCAACUCUUCUAUCUCAUCAAAGAAUUCAUACUGGUGAGAAACCUUACAGAUGUCAAGAAUGUGGCAAAUCCUUUACGUGGUCUUCAACACUUCUAUCUCAUCAAAGAAUUCAUACUUGUGAGAAACCUUACAGAUGUCAAGAAUGUGGCAAGUCUUUUGCCAGGGCCUCAAAUCUUUAUGACCAUCAAAGAAUUCAUACUGGUGAGAAACCUUACAGAUGUCAAGAAUGUGGCAAGUCUUUUGCCAGUGUCUCAAAUCUUCAUGACCAUCAAAGAAUUCAUACUGGUGAGAAACCUUACAGUUGUCAAGAAUGUGGCAAGUCCUUUACCCAGGUCUCAACUCUUCACACUCAUCACAGACUCCAUACUGGUGAGAAACCUUACAGAUGUCAAGAAUGUGGCAAGUCCUUUACCCAGGUCUCAACUCUUCACACUCAUCACAGACUCCAUACUGGUGAGAAACCUUACAGAUGUCAAGAAUGUGGCAAGUCUUUUGCCAGUGUCUCAAAUCUUCAUGACCAUCAAAGAAUUCAUACUGGUGAGAAACCUUACAGGUGUCAAGAAUGUGGCAAGUCCUUUACCCAGGUCUCAAAUCUUCACACUCAUCACAGACUCCAUACUGGUGAGAAACCUUACAGAUGUCAAGAAUGUGGCAAGUCCUUUACACAGGUCUCAACUCUUCACACUCAUCACAGACUCCAUACUGGUGAGAAACCUUACAGAUGUCAAGAAUGUGGAAAGUUCUUUACCCAUAGAGCAACUCUUCACACUCAUCACAGAGUCCAUACUGGUGAGAAACCUUACAGAUGUCAAGAAUGUGGCAAGUCCUUUACCCGUAGAGCAACUCUUUACAUUCACCACAGACUCCAUACUGGUGACAAGCCUUACAAAUGUAAAGAAUGCGGCAAGUCCUUUCACACAAAUUCAAGUCUUAGAAAGCAUCACAAAAUGCAUAAAAUCCAUACUGGUGAGAAACGUUACAGAUGUCAAGAAUGUGGCAAGUCCUUUACCCAGCUCUCAAAUCUUCAUAUUCAUCACAGAAUUCAUACUGGUGAGAAACCUUACAGAUGUCAAGAAUGUGACAAGUCCUUUACCUGUGCCUCAACUCUUCUAUCUCAUCAAAGAAUUCAUACUGGUGAGAAACCUUACAGAUGUCAAGAAUGUGGCAAGUCUUUUGCCAGGGCCUCAAAUCUUUAUGACCAUCAAAGAAUUCAUACUGGUGAGAAACCUUACAGAUGUCAAGAAUGUGGCAAGUCCUUUACCCAGCUCUCAAAUCUUCAUAUUCAUCACAGAAUUCAUACUGGUGAGAAACCUUACAGAUGUCAAGAAUGUGACAAGUCCUUUACCUGUGCCUCAACUCUUCUAUCUCAUCAAAGAAUUCAUACUGGUGAGAAACCUUACAGAUGUCAAGAAUGUGGCAAGUCUUUUGCCAGGGCCUCAAAUCUUUAUGACCAUCAAAGAAUUCAUACUGGUGAGAAACCUUACAGAUGUCAAGAAUGUGGCAAGUCUUUUGCCAAUGUCUCAAAUCUUCAUAACCAUCAAAGAAUUCAUACUGGUGAGAAACCUUACAGGUGUCAAGAAUGUGGCAAGUCCUUUACCCAGGUCUCAACUCUUCACACUCAUCACAGACUCCAUACUGGUGAGAAACCUUACAGAUGUCAAGAAUGUGGCAAGGCCUUUACCCAGGUCUCAACUCUUCACACUCAUCACAGACUCCAUACUGGUGAGAAACCUUACAGAUGUCAAGAAUGUGGCAAGUCCUUUACCCGUAGAGCAACUCUUUACAUUCACCACAGACUCCAUACUGGUGACAAGCCUCACAAAUGUAAAGAAUGUGGCAAGUCCUUUCACACAAAUUCAAGUCUUAGAAAGCAUCACAAAAUGCAUGUAAUGGGUACAUUUCAUGAAAUUUCUUAG